UUUUUCCUUCUUUUCCUUCUUAUUCCACUUUUUCUCUCGCUUGUGAUGCUCCACAAUGGCGAAGGAAGAAGCUAGACACCCAAGUGCGACUGCUGGAACGUGUCAGAGACAGCUUGAUCGGGCGCGACAAGGUUAGCCAGAAAAUCCCGUUCCAUCAUUCGUCUAGCUUUUACUAUACACUGGCUGCUGGUGGUGCCUUUUCGUAAAAAAAAAAAAACGAUGGAACUAUUCGUUAAAAAUAUGAACUGCCACAAGUUUGAGAUAAUGCUGAUGAUGGACCGCUGCUUGCCUUCUAUUUUCGUGUAAAAAUUGUUUCAAAUUUAUUUCGUGUUUCUCGUUCAAACCGAUUUUCGUCCGGUAUACGGUCCGUAUAGAGCGACAGUUUUCGUCAACUUAUUAUCAACUUUAUUCUAAACUAUUCCAAAGAUUGUGUCGUGCCUUCAUGAGAAGUAAUAAAUGCGGGAUUUCCCCCAUUUUUCUCGAAGAAAAAAAUAGAAAAGAAUGCGAAAUUCCGGCACUCGGCUCAAUAAAAACAAAAAAACAUAAAUGACAAGGGAUGAUGGAGUGUUUCCGCGAAAUCCAGGGCUAACUCUAUCUUGGCAUUAUGUCCGCGUUGCUAUCGUAAUUUUUGGGGGACGCAUAUAGUAUACGUUUGAUUUUUUGUUUAUUUUGCGGACAACGCCCGUCAUUCAACAUUUUCUCGGGCCAAAUCUGGGCGUUGCCAGGGGGUCCUAUUAUAAAGCUAGUUAUUUCCUCAAAGCGAGGCGAUGAGUUACGGAAGGAAGCCAAAUAAUGCACGAGAAAAAAGGAAAAAAAAAGAAAAAGGACAAAUGCGGAAAACGAUGUCAAAACCGCCUGUGGCACCAUCCCAUGUUUUUGUAUGUAUUUGCAUACCAGAUACGAGCAAGCCUCGUCCACUUCUCUUCAUCCGGCUCAAACCUGUUUUUUUACAACUUUGCUGUCCAGCUUAAAGCGCACACACUGUAAAUCGUGGUUAAACGGAUGCACGAGCUCUCUUUAAAAUUUCUUUUUAAAUAACUCAGCAAAUUGAACUGUCAAACGGUUACGUAGUACCGCCGCAACGUCACAUUUCUAAUUGUUGGCCUUAUUCCCUCUACAAUCUUGCUUGUAUGUGAUCCAUUCAAUAAUGACGCUGUUCAUAAUGUGGAUAGAAUAACGUGAUUACGUUUGGAUCGUGACUCGCUCGGUCACCCGAGAUGCAGUCUGCGGGUAUAACGUUUCUCCUGCUAGCGAUGGCUUCGUCAAUCUUGGAUGAACUAUUGGAUCAUUCUUCUAUUCCUUUGUUUGCUCUCCCAAGACUAGAGAGCCCUCCGUUUUGUUUUUCCUCUUUUUGAUUCUUUCCUUUUCUUUCCUCCUUCUAGAGUUUCUUAUUGUUUCCGCCCUUACUGCCAGUCGUGGGAGACAUUAUGGCGUUAUAAGGAAACAAAGUAGCUUUUAUAGACACUAGGCCCCGUGCGCAUCCAACUGCACAUGGAUCCCACUCUGGCUAUAUAGCACCGGACACUCUAGUGGCAGCUCGCAUACUACUACUCGAGCCGAUCCAUCGUAGCUCAGCUUCGAUCGUUUCCAAAUCCACUCAACGCUAGAGGGGCUAUAUACGAGCUGCUUUUGUACUGUAGAAGUAAGGCGAUGCUUGCGAUUGAUCGUUAUCCAUAUGUGGCGGGUUUCGAAGCAGGUACCAUAUUAACCUGGGAACAUGUUUUUUUUUUUUUGUUAAGGACGUCAGACUGGUUCUAAACUUUUCUCUUUCCUUCCGAUUUUCUUUUUUUUUUACCUUUUUCUGCUCUUUCUUUCUCUCUUGGGGGGUGGAAAAAAGUAAGUUUAGACUGCGUGAAUCAUUGAUCUUGUAGGCUGAUUCAUAAUAGAUGUCCUCGCUCUAGAGGUACAGGUCUCCUUUUUUUUUUUUUUUGGACAACUUCCUAAUUCCUAUAAAAAAGUGAGAACGGGAGAACAGGUCGUUAUUACUUUUCUUCUGUCACGUGGCGGCAAAGAUCUGUAGAACGUCCGGAAAUAUCUGGGCAAAUCAAUGGCUUCCUCCAAGUUUUGGUCCGGUACGCUUUAUGCAGGCUGGGGAUUGGUUUGCGGUCAGACUACUAAAAUAUAAACUUUUUGAUUGAAAAAAAAAAAAGGGAAGAAGCGCUGCGCCUUGUUUGUAUUCCCUUUUCAAAAUUCAACAUCAUAUUAUAUUUACAACAUUUAAAAAAAUAAAAUAAAAUGGAUCGACUGUAAAUAUCGGAAAAUGUGUGCUGAAUUCUGUACGGCUGGAAAGAAAAACUUUCGGAUCGGUUACCGAGUGUGUUGAUUUAUUGACUAGAAAAAGGAAUGACUCGCUUCUGCUAUCCGCUUCUAUACAACUCAGCAAAGUCUUUUAAUUUCCCCUUUGACUUCCGCCAUCCUAAAAAAAAAAAAAAAAAAUUCCACUUGGUGCCUAGCACCAACAUGCAUAGCAAUCAACGAGUUCUUUCAUCGUAGUUCAUCGUUUUCGUCAUAAAAACGGAAAAGCCGGCAUUCGAGCUGCAUUGCAACGCAUCAGCAAAUUCUUUUACAAUAAGGAAACCUCGUCCACGCCGUGUACAUUCUCGCGCUGGAUCAUCAUCAGUCAAAUCCCAGUAACGAAUGAAUUGUUUCUAGCCAAAGAAUCAACUUUAUCCCUCACUCGUAUCGCGCAUUUGAGAAACUCUUGUUCUGUUUCUUUCUGAUUCGCCAUUGGCGACAAUGCGGACAUAUAUUGGUUAAGACAAACGACCACGGCAAAUGACUGAUAAAACAAGAGUGAUCGAUUACCUGCCAGAAGAAACCCCGAGGUGAAAUAAAGAAUGACGUAAAAAAAAGGGGGAAUUAUAAGAAAAGAAUGUCGUCCUCCGUUACGUCCCACAUCUAACCGUUUAUUCUGAAGGGAAAAGAAAAAGAAAAAAAAAAGUCUUCACGUGAUGACCCCCUCAUUCUGUUCCUCAUAUUCUUCCGCCUCUUGGCCACAUAAUCGGACGGGGGCUCUUGAUGCCUCCGCCCAGGCCGCGUCCGUCUUCAUUUUUUCUUCUCCGUUGCGCCUGUCCGUCGUCCCCUGUGCGCUCGUUUUCGCACUCGCAUUCCCCUCAAUCCAGACAUAUAUGCCAUAUAUAUAUAUACACUGUAUGUAGACAACCUCCUUUUGGCCUUCUUACGUAUUGAUCUUCCUCUUUGUCCGCGUGUAUGUACUGUAUACCAUAUAUACAUGCGUGUGUUUACGUAUGGCGUGUUGUGUUGACUGUAUCUCUCUCUGCCGAGCUCGUGCCAUUUCAACCCCGCCGAAAAACUCUUAAUUUUCCCACUGACAGAAUGUAAGACCAGCUAGACGCUAAACAACCAAACAUCAAUGAUGAGUUGUUGUAUAGCCAAGUAUUUGCCUGAAAAUGUGCUCAAUGUUGUUAUAUGGCUCUAUUCGCAUUUCAUAAAUUUCAGGGCGCGUUAAUUAACUCUAAAAUGUGGACCAAAUGAUUGCACACGCUAAUGGGACUGUGGCGAGAGACACAGAGAGCAACAGCGGCGGACUUUUAAUCCACCAUCCAUCUUCCUUUGGCCUAUUCUUUUGUUCGGCGAGCUUCGACGAAAGUCUGCAUAGACGUGGGGCGCUGAGCUUGUUGGAGCCGUACAGGAUUUAAAGGAAGGAACAAUUAUGUCCAUUACCACACGGAUUUGGAAGGCUUUUAAGCAAGCCGAAGGUGUUUUGCAUCUCGGAAUCUUCAUCCGGGAAAGAACGAAAAGUCUAACUGUAGGCCAGCUGAUGCCCGGCCAGCCGAGAAGCUGCAGCACCGCAAGAUAACACGAACGUCCGGCUCGAUGGGACAGUACGGGGUUGUUUGGACAGUUGAAUCAAACCAGUUCGGCCAUCUCAACCAGACCCGUAGGACCAGUAUCGCCGGAGACGGAGGAAGCGGAGCCACCGGAUGAUCGCCUGCAUCCAACUGAGUGAACAGCCUUUGCAGUCCAUUUUGCAGGGUAGCAAGUUGGCUAGCAAACAUCCAAAAGACUUGUGAAAGAAGCCGUUCUACGCAACUGCCUGCACACGAUAAAGAGGCUACUCAUCGUAACACUUGACGCACGCACACGGCCAAAGUUAUACAAAAGGCUGCAUCGUCGAAGGAACUCGGUGCGUUAUAUAAACUAUCGGCUUUCAAGUUGAGAUCUUGAAAUCUAGAAUUUCAUGCGUGAGAGCAUCGUCGGCGAGUGCGUAUCCAAUCACAUCGAGUCGGCACAAUAAAACAUCACCAUGAAUUUGAUGUACUUUAAGAAUCUGAGGGGAGACCGGGAUGGAGGGACCACUGGGUUGCUAAGCAACACGAGACGAACGGCUGGCAUAGACGGUGGCGGUGUCAACAGCGGAGGACCUAGUUACGGCGGCGUCAGAGGUCUCAGCGCAGGAGGCGGAGCCAAUUCACGCUCCUGGUUCAAUGCCGGAGUGACUGGCGGUGGGGUAGGGGGCGUGUCGUCGCUGGCUCGAGCUUCGGGUCCAGGCAGCGGACUAGCGUCUUCCUUCGGCACAGCUGCUUGUGGUGCUUCAGCCACAGGUGCGGGAGUAGGCACUGGCGGUUCUACGGGAGCGGGCGGCAGCGGCCUCAACACAGAGAUGCAUCACUUACGCACUCAUCCGCUGGGUCUGUUCGACCUGCCUAGACACGCAGCCGACGGCAACGGCGGCGGCGGUUUCGAAGAUGCAGAUCGAGGAGCGUCGGGUGCGUCGCGGAAUUCUGCGCUGGCCGCGGGCGGCACGUCGGCGGCCGCUUCUUCGGCCAACAACCGAUGGAGUCACGGGGGCUUGGAUCGACUUGAUCCAAUUAUUGGAGGUGGAAGUGGAAGCGCUGCGAAUAGUCGGCCAGACUAUCGUUACACUCGCGUCGAUCGACAGAGAAUGGUGGAUAGUGCCGUCGAUGCGAGUGGCGUGACUGGCGGUUCGCGCUCGGUCCGCAGUGGACUGUACGCGGGCGAGCAUCAGUUCACCGGCGAGGUGUGUUUGAGUGUGUCCGGAUUGAGCGGAAGCGGCAACGCCAGGGGUACUGUACAGGUCAGCGGUAGGACGGGGAAGCAAGUCAGUUUCGGCCGUCACAGUCCCGACGUCAGUGGCAGUGGCAACAGUGCUGCAACAAUGGAGCGAGAACGAUCGCGCGAGUCCGACAAACGAUUACGCGGCUCUGCGGGAGCUGGCGGUGCGGGGCCAGUCGUCGCCAGUGGAAUGUCGUCCAAUAAAGAAAACAGCGAGAACAGCAGUCGUUCCACCUUUCCUCGUUCGUCCAUUGUGGCCAGCAAAAGAUCCAGUCCAGAACGAAUUUUGGCCACCGAUAGAGGGCGGCCUUCCUCUCGCGACGACUCGGCUGACGGCCGAAGACGACGACCGAAUUCCACCAUCUUGACGGCCGAAACCAGUUUAACAUUACCGGAUAGCCGAGGACUCGGCCACGGUCGAGGAGGCAGUGGUGGUGCUGGAUCGAGCCGGCGAGGUGUCGACGGUCGUGAUGUCAAUAAUCGCAUCUGUUCCAACAACGAGCCGACUUUCGACGAACUCAUCGAUCCCAAGGAUCUCAACUUGAACGAGAUUGCGCGUGACUGCUUCAUUAUCCCCGUCCAUCUGGUCAACCGUUUCCUACCUCUUGGCGUUACGCUGCCUCAAACCGGACGAGCAUCGAUGAGCGUCGUCGAGGUGGAUGAUCCGCAGCUGGUCAUUUUACUUCAUUUCAUGACGCCUUUCAUGGCCAUCCAGCCCAUCUUCGAAUCACCGCUUGCCCGGCCGGCCUCACUCCAGGGCAGUAUGGCUUCGCAGUUGCUCAUCGACUUACUCCGCGAUCGACCCGGUGCCCACGGCAUGCUGCUCGUCAGCAUUGAGCAGGACGUGGACUACCCAUACAUCAAUUACGGAGUGGCCAACAGGCAGCAGACCAAUGGAGAAGAGUGGCAACAGACGGCCAGAUUGGCGUCGCUUGAACGAUUCGAGCCGCAAAAUUUGCGCUACUUUAGCGAUCACUUGGUUGAUGUUUACGAAGAAGCUGCCACCAUAGCGCGUCCGCCUCUCCAGCCCUCCUGCCGCCGCCCCUUGUCCAACAAAACGGGAUACAUCGUCUGCGUCUACAAAGUCUUCGACGGCGACGAUGGCGAAAAAUUCGAGCGCAACUGGCUCUACUGGACAGGAGCUCGGAUUCUUUAUCAAUGCGUGCCGCGUUGCGUUGGACUCAGGCGGAUCACGUUGCACAAGUCCGUCUCGGCCGGUGACAAACUCUACACGUUGAUGUGCGAAUGUUCCAGCUUUAUGGAUCACUUGCAAGAGGCAGCCUACAUCGCACCUGCGCUACGUGCCCGUCUCUGCGGCUAUUGGUCCAUUUACCGAGUGGCGGACGUGUAUUAGUCAAAAUUUGUGGUGAACGAAGACGACCAAAUAAAUAAUCGAUAGAAAACAGGAAGAAAAAUAAAACAAACAAAAACUAAAAUAGAAAAACAAAAACAUUUUUAACCAAUUCAUUCGUCAUUUGUCUUCUUGUCCUUGUCACGGCCGAUCAUAUUUUCUUUUCUUUUUUUGUGACUCCAUCCAUUUAUUCAUUCUCCCCUUUGACUCUAACUGUUUCUUUUCUUCUCCUUUUAAACUAUCCUACAAUCAUUCUGUUUGUCAAACAUCCUUUUUGUUAUCAACCUCGUUGAUCUGCCUGUCAUUUUUGUUUUCAUUCGUUUGGUCUUUGACUGUCAUCUCUCUUCUUUUUCCUACUCUAUUUCAAUGAUUUUCCAAUAUUCGAUGUUAUCGAGCAGCUUGACAGAAGAAAUGUGUAGCACGACGAAACCAUAUACAACGACGACGGCCAAGAAGGAUCCAAUUCUACUCCAGUUCUUCUGAGAAAAAUGAAACAAAACCUAAAAUUUGUCCACAACCUCUAAUGUGUAUCGUCCAAUUGAAAACUGUGCUGCGCUCAUCGUAGAAAUCUCAUGGAUUUUAAAGGGAAAAAAAAAUAAGUCUCUCUAGCAUCGCCCGCACAACUAGUGUCAUUCCAGCAAGAAAGCGCUGACGAACGAUGUCAGCGUUUAAAAAAUUUAGAAAAUAAAAAAAAAAAUAAAACAUUUGGCGCGCCUCCGUUUACGACAGUCUCAAGAGGAUCGAAAUGAAUAUUUAAGUAGAACAUCUUUCGUCCACGUAACAUUGGAGACGGUAAAAAUUGGAAGCAAAUACUAGCGUACAUUCGUCAGACGCGAGACGACUCCCCACCCCCCAUUUCUUCACCCUCAAUUUCUUUUAUUUCAUCUCUCUCUUGAUGCAAUUUUAGCGAGUUUGUUACGUGUGUGUCUUGUCUGUGUGAGAGCGUGAUAUUCAAAUCGAUGAAUCCCGAGAGAGGUCGUUAUUGUUCUAGUCCCUAUACCUUUCACCCUAUAAUUGCAACUGUUGUGUAUUUAUUCCAAUGUUACUUCGCCCGACACCCAAAAUCCACACACACACACACAUAAAGACUUCAUUAUCCUUAAACCAUCGUUUUAAUUUUCGUUCAAUUUUCAAAUUGAAUUCUUGUCCUUCUCUGAUUUUGUCCCAUUCGCUUCGGCCAUUUGUUCGUUUUGCUGCUGACUUUGACUGCCGAUUUCGGUUUGUCGUGUAAAAUACUUGCGAUGCCGUGCGCCAUUUGUUCAUUGCUCGGGAUGAUUUACUGUUACCGAAUAACUUAUAAAUAAUAUUAUGUGACGUUCAAUUUGAAAGAAAGAAAAUGAUACAAAAACGACAAAAGCGGA